AUGGCAACCAUCAAUGGCUUCCACCCUCCCAUGUCCACCCUCCAUAGCCAAAAAACCAAGCUCCAAGUCCUCCAUGCCACUUUGCAUAGCCUGCCUUUGACUUCUGAUCAGCAGCAUCCCAUGUUGGCUUACCAAAGAUCAUCAUUCACCAAAUUCCCAAAUGAUCAUCAAUUGAUCAGAGCUCAUCACAGACUGCUAAUUACCAAGGUGACUCAAGCAUCAGAAAAAUCUCCACCAGAAACUCAAAGUCCUGCAGAUAAAUCUCCAUUAUCUACAUGGAAAAACUGGAUUGUGGGAUUAAUGUUGUCAAUAAUAAUACCUUCUUUGAGACACAAAUGGGGACCCUUGCUGGCCCUUAAAAACAAGGUGGACGUGGCAGUAGACACAGUGGAAUCUGUGACAGAGGUGGUGGAAGAGUUGGCUGAGGAAGUAGAGAAGGUGGCUGAGCAGGUAGAAGACAAGCUUCCUGAGGAUGCUAAGCUCAGAGAAGCUGUGGAGUCCGUUGAACAUCUAGCUGAAGAUGCAGUCAAAAAAGCUGAGCUAGCCAAGGAUGUCAUCCGCAAGGUAGAGGAAGUGGAGGAAGAGGUUGAGAAGGCACUAACUAAUGGGUCAGAUGUUGAUUCUGUAAAAGGGAAGGGCGAGAAGAAGUCUUGA